AUGGACCUUACCAUAUUUGGGUACGAGAUUGGUGACGUGAUUGGAGAGGGUACAUAUUCCACAGUGAGAAAAGCCUUCUCCCAAAAGCUUCAGAAACCUGUUGCCAUAAAAAUCAUUGAUAGGUCAAAACAGUCUGAUGACUACAUAACAAAGUUUUUGCCAAGAGAGGUAUCCAUCUUUGCAGAAUGUUCACACCCUAAUAUUAUCAAAGUAUAUGAGGUCAUUAAAUCGAGUGAACAUACAUUAUUUAUAAUGGAAGAAGCAAAAACAGAUCUCUUUGACCUGGUUGACUCUCAAGAUUAUUUCUCUGAAGAGGUUGCACGGCCAUAUUUGAAGCAGAUUGCUCAGGCUUUGGAAUAUUGCCACGUUCAUCACAUUGCACAUCGUGAUACUAAGUGUGAAAACAUUUUACUUACUGCUGAUAAUAUCCCAAAGAUCACUGACUUUGGCUUAGCAACUUGCAUAAAGGGAUCAGAUAGUUGCCCUUGUUCAACAUUUUGUGGAUCUGCAGCAUAUACUGCCCCUGAGGUUCUCAAUGGUGACAAAUAUGAUCCAUUUAAAGCAGACAUCUGGAGCUUGGGCGUAGUCCUCUAUGUUAUGGUGACAGGCUGCAUGCCUUUUGAUGAUAGUGACCUUUCAAAGCUCAAGGAGCUUCAGACACAAUCUUUACAAUUUCCCCCAUCACCUUCCCUGAGUGACUGCUGUCAAAACCUGAUUAAUGUAAUGUUGGAAAAAGACCCAAAGAAAAGAGUUAGUAUUAACCAUGUGGUAGAGCAUCAAUGGUUUGAAGUAUCAAAUUAA